AUGACUCCAUUUCCAUUUCUGAUGUCUCUACUUCUUGAUCCUGCAGGAAAUCAAACCAUGUGUCCACAGAUCAAUCAACAACGUAUGUAUAUGCACACUACACUGACUUUGAGGUCGAUGGGCACCACUAAAACCGCGGGGUAUGAUGCCUGGUGGAUCCCAAAGCAACUCCAACCAGAAAGAUCUAUUUGUCCAACACAGGUUCUUUCUAAGAUAAAGCCACUUUUUGGGAGACACCUUGGUGAUGAGAAAGAGAGUAAAACUCACACAACUCUCUCCUUCUCCUAUGAUCACAAGGCCUCCUACAUAUAUUCAAGAGAGAGAAUAACUGAAUCUAUCAUGUUUUCAAGCUCUGCGUUGCCCAAAAUUCACCUCCAGAAUGCAAGCAAGAAAGAAAGCUUGAGAGGAAAUAGAGAGAAAGAGAGAGAGGAUUGGUCAGCACAUCUAUGGAUGGCUUCGUUAUUGAUUGCGCGUGGGGCUGCGUUGUGUAUAUACAUCCAUAUCCAUCCUUGCCCUGUUUGGACGGCGUGGACGCCUUAUUUUCACGCCGCCGCCACCGCCGCCGCCACGACCACCGAUAAAUGGCGCAUUCUCAGACGUCGUUCGUCACCCCCAUCGUCCUCGGAGUGGAUGCUGCUGCGCUUCAUCUUCUAGUGCUCCAUAGCUAUGGCGGUCCCUCUGGCCGGUGCGCACGGUAGCGGGGACUGUGAGAGAUUGACACGUGGACGAACCAC